UACUGUCUGCAAGAUGGCCUCAGAAAAGAAGCAAGAAUUCGAGUAUGGAUUGAUUAUCCCCAACAAGAGGAGAGUGAUCGGGCCAGCCAGGCUCCCAAAGCCAUCAGUGUUUGCAGAUGAGAGCUCAAGCGAUGAGGAGGGGGAGAACAUUGUGCGAGGGAAGUAUGGGAGCUCCGUGUGGAGAGCAAACAAGAAGAAUUCUGAACGCCUUGAGACUCAUGGCUCGGUGGUGAAGGCGCUGUCUGAAGACCCCAGUGUGUUUGAGUACGACAGCCUCUAUGACAAGAUGCAGGACGACAAGAGAAAGUCUGACCCCAGACUACAGAGGAAAGACACCAAACCCAAGUAUAUAUCUCAGCUGAAGAAGGUGGCCGAGAAGCGCAAGCUGGAGCAGGAGCUGAUCUACGAGCGCAAAGUUCAACGAGAUAUGGAGAAGGAGGGACUUGACGCUGAGGACACGGAGGCCUACCACACCUCUGCCUACAGGAAGAAGCUGGAAGAGAGGAAGGCAAUGGAGGAGGAGUUGAGAAAAGAGGAGGAGAUUGAGAAAGCCAAUGAUGUCACUAAGCAGAAGGACAUGACACGGUUCCACAAGCACCUGUUCGAUAAGAUAGCCUCAGGGCCUUCCGGUGUCGACAAACAGAAAUCAAGUCCACAAAAAUCUCCCGACAAAACCACACCCAGACAAAGAAGAGACUCAGACAAUCGAGACGCACAUGACAGAGAAGAUAGACGCAGAGACAGUAGGGAGGGAGAGAGACAGAGAGAGAGAAAAAUCUCGUCACAAAGUGAGGAAAGAAGACGAUCAUUAGAGAGUGGAGGCAGAAGACAUUCGUCUCACAGUGACGGUAGGAGACAAAGCAAUGAGAGAAGAAUCUCUUCUCAGAGUGACAAUAACGAAGCCUCUCCAUUAAAGGAUGCUAGUAAAGACGAUGAAAACACUUCUAUUGUCGGUGAGGACAGAACUCGAACAGACAGUGUGUCAAGUGUAGAUAAUGUCAAGUCUCCUUCGAACGAGGUUGUUGUACCGAAGGAGGUCGAUAAAGAGGAGAGGAGGAAGGUGGCCUCGGCCAAGAGAACCAACGAGGAGGCACAGCUGUCCGCUAGAGACAGGUACUUAGCAAGGAAAAAGGUUAAACUAUCUGUAUCAACUGGACAACAAUAGAUUGAUCUAUAUAUA